AUUCUUAAAGUGACAAGUUUUGAGUCUUUUCAAAGUCUUAAUUUGUUAAUAUAAGUGGAAUAUGUACCUGUGUCUCCCUCGCACUUGAGGACAUAAUAUCAUGGAAUGCCAUGUCCUUGAAUGUGAGGAUUCUUUAAUAAAUAUAAACUUGUCGUUCAGAUGGUUGAAUGGUGGGAUCAUUAACAAAAACAACCGGAGAGCCCGAAGUCAAACCUUACAAGCCAGGACUCAAAUAUGUGGCGGUUUCCAAUGCUUUGUCAGACGGGAUAGAGAAUCCUUUUCAAAAUACAUUACCAGGGUGUCAGCUAUCGAGAUUAUAUUCUUUACUCCGGGAUCUAGAUCACUUGACAAGUGGCUGGACAUUGAUAAAUAGGGGGCAUGUAGAAAGGCUUGUUAGAAGAUUAACCAAAACGUCAUGUCCCUUCUGGAUUGAUGUGUUCCAGUGGAAGAACAGCAUAAGCGCCAGCGAUCUCAAGCUAUCACCACGAUGAAAGAAACGCACGAAAAUGCGUAUCAAGUUUUGGUAUUUGAUGCUAAGCUUGAAGCAAUACCCGUAAAUUAGAUCCACGAAGCCAUGAUGCGAAUCUCUCUUUCCGGCUGGAUGCGCCGGCUCUGGACGCUACAGGAAGGCGUACUGGCUAGUCGGCUGCAUGUUAAGUUAAAAUACAGUAUAUUGGAAGUCGCGUCGGCUGAGCGCGCACUCAAUAAUCCAUCGGGUAACUCGGGGCUUUCUAGGGAGAUCAAAUCGACCUACGGUACAGUGCCAAACAGUGCUGCUCAAUUCUACAUUUACAUGCGUUCGAUAAGAAGCAUGGUCGUGGACACAUACGAACCAAGAUUAAUUGGUAUUCGAAAAGUAAGGACUUGUGAUGACGAGGCUGGGGUUAAGGAAACCAGAGAAGGCUUUGCCGUUGUGGAGGAAUUUGUGGCUACCUGUCAUUACCGAACGACAGGUACCUAAGCCGCCGAUCGGACGAGUACAUCUGCCUUUCUAGUCUCCUAGGUUGGGAUACAUCUAACUGCUCGUCGACGCCUUUUGAUCAAAGAAUGAAGGCUCUUUUAUCCAGGCAGAAUAAACUACCACAAGGACAUCUGUUCGCUCCGGGACCUCGUAUGAAGGAGACAGGAUGGGGUUGGGCAGAACGGACUGGUUGUUGAGUAUCCCAGCCUAAUUUUACCUCCCGGGUACAGGCAGACAACAUCCAAAUGAGUUCUUCCUACGUUGAUAGAGAACCUGGAAGAAGGAGGACCUACAUGGUUUGAGCUGAUGCCUGUGGAACCUGAACAGCCUGGCUCUCCUAGUAAUGGUGAUGAGUGUCACUACGUAUUAUACUAUACGGAGAAUGGAGCAACUAGGGUAGGUUCUUUGGUGGCUACAGCUAUCGUUGCCCUUCCAAGUGAGCAACGGACGUCUAUUUUCGGGCCAGCUGUCCAGGUAUGCUGUACUUUCGUGGGCCUUUGUUAACUUCGCGCGCUAGGCGUCGAUUCGGAGCAGCCAGUUAUACGUUUUGUGGCGCUUAUAGCGCCGACAGGCGUAAGCAGGCGCAGCCCGCCGGUUCAACGAAUUGAUUUAAGGUCACCUGAG